GGCAACAAUUUAAUACUGUUGAUAAAGCAUAUGCUGCAGUUAAGAAUUUUGCACAUUCAAAUAGGUUUGGAAUUAAAAAGGGUCAUGUUAAAAAAGAUGCAAAUAAUGAUUAUGAAAUUUCAAGAACAUUCCUAGAAAUAAAAGAACUUGCCAAAACUGAAGAUAUGUUAAAUUUUGAUAGUUGA